UACAAUUGCGAAAUUAUUAUUUCCGUCAUACAUGCGCGGCCGUCAGUUGGCUUGUGUUUUGUGUAUAUUUUGUUUGAAAACUAUUUGACAAAUAGCAAAAUACUUUAAUUAUAACAAUUAGAUGUUUUAAUAUUAUAAUAUAUGUACAUAAGAAUUAUGUAAUAUUAUUUAUGAAAAAGUUAUACUGUAACUAGUAAUGUGUUAUGUUUUGGCGGCAUUACUUAAAGCUACCGAAAUAGAUCUCCUUGUGUAAUAACAUAUAUAAAUGUUCUAGUGCAUAAAUAAAUGCUCCAGUAAAAUUCAAGCUUUCUCAUAAUAAAUAUGUUGAAGUGAUAACUUACGUUUAUAGUGAUUUUAAACCAGUGGUCUAAUAAUGGAGAAUCCGACCGUUAGUGAAUUGCGGUCAAGGUCCCGGUCUAAAACACCCUUCCUAAGAUCGAGCUGUGAUCGGGAAAACUGCGUAGAAAGUGAGGAGCAUACACAUAUAAAAACAGGGCGCAGAACGCCUAUUAAAAGAAGCACACCUAUCAAGCAGCUACAGCCCCCAUCAAAAAAAGGCAGCAUAGAAACAGUGCUAGAACACGAUGAAAGCGCACCAGCCCAUCGCACAAGGCAGUCUACUAAAACAGAAAAACUUGUCAAAACAUCAGACUAUUCUUCUGAAGAGAGUCUGGAUAGACUUAAGGCCGAUAAAAAGGAAAUUUAUCAGAACGAAAUCAGCAGCCAGUAUGAGACUGUUUCAAGUUCACGUCACUACAGAACACUCGCUGACGUCACCCUUAGCCCCAUAUCGCAUAAUCUGACGCAUGACAGGUCAUCCCGUAUUGGAAGUCCUACCUAUAGUGCCUGUUCAACAGACAGUUCCUUCGCAGAACAAGCAUUGGCCGACGCUAGUGCUCUCUUAGAUAAGGAACCAAACAACGAGCAUCUACCGUAUCGGCUUUAUAAAAUGGCGGGAGAAUACUGGAACAAAUACCCCAAAACGGACUACACAUAUUCCCCAAUGUCUCGCGACCGCGUGGAGCUGGCUCCGGGGCAAGUGGCUGUCCCGAAUAUGUCUCGUCGCUCUCUGUCCCAAUUCCGGGUGCAAGGUCCCAAUACAGUGGACGAGCCGGACAAGUUUGUGUCCACUUGGACAAGUACAACUACUAGGAAACGUUUCACGACGGUUGAGAGUUCUGACGAUGAGAGCCCGUUUAUUCGUAACGGCUACGGUGCGAGAGAGGGUAAAUGGUGGUUUACUCAACUAUUGGCAACAAUACUAACUACGAUCCGUACAACCACUCGUAACGCUUAUAGGAAAGUGGUCGGCCCAUCCCACAGAUAUCCUUAUACUGACAGGAGGCCCGCUAAAGCUGGCGUUUUAUCACAAGCUGCAGGCGUCGUUGCAGCGCCUUUCUACUGGAUUUACACUCUCAUCACUUCGGUCAUCACCACGACUGUUACUACUGUCACUGAAACGAUUUCGCCGAGUAAAGCAAUUCAUACUGAAAAACGUUCAGCUGUAUAUAAUAAGCAUGAAGGUGGGAGAUGGAAGCUGUGGCCGCUUUUGCUUUUACUACCGGCUGUUGGAUAUGGAUAUUAUAAAUACAACGACGUACCAGACACUUAUGCGCCCCCGAUAAUCGAUCAAGACGCGGACUUGACCAAACGAGUCGCGGCGCUCGAAACGUGGGCCCUAAAUGUCGAUAAUCGAUUCAAACUUGUCGAUGAAAAACUAUCGAAAUUUGAUAACUUUGAAGCCCAAAUAGAGCACUAUUCGUUUAAGAAUUUGCAGCAGAAUUUGAUACACAUUUUAAGUAUGGACGAUAAUAGUGAAGCUAUUGCCAGUAAACUGAAGGAGCACUUCGAUAAAAAUUACAUUUCAAAGGAUGAAAUGCAAGUACUCAGUCAGCAGAUACAUGAGAGAUUGAUCAAUUCGUGGAAACCGGAUAUGAGUGAGGAUGAUAUUAGGAGAUUAGUUCAGGAGUAUCUGUUGACGGUGGAGAAACGACAGAUGGCGUUCAUAGUUGAAAAGGUUAAGGAGUAUGUAGGAAAUGUGGCGGCACCUGGAGGCGGUGAUGAUCCAAGCCGUUAUCACUCUGAGGAGAUAAAAAAACUGGUGAUGAGUAUGCUCGAGAUCUAUGAUGCAGAUAAGACCGGAUUGGUAGAUUACGCGUUGGAGUCUGCAGGCGGUCAAGUUAUAUCCACGCGCUGUACCGAACUAUACCAGAUCAAGACGAAGCAGUACUCCAUCCUCGGUUUGCCAGUUUGGUGGGUGUACACGUCGCCACGAUAUGCUCUAACGCCAGGGAAUAUGCCCGCUGAAUGCUGGGCUUUCCAGGGUUUCCCAGGAUACCUGGUAAUUCGUACAUACGCAAUCAUCGAAGUAACGGGUUUUUCAUUGGAGCAUAUGUCUCGUCUGCUGGCUGCUGAGGGGAAGAUUGAAUCCGCACCUAAAUACUUCUCAGUUUAUGGACUCCAUGGUGAAUUGGACCCAGAGCCACAUUUAUUCGGUAACUACGUGUACGACGCCAAUAGCACGGCCAUACAACACUUCCCCGUUCAAUAUCCUAAGACGACCAACAUUGGUGGUAUAGAAUACCCAGUCGCUUACGACAUUGUCGAACUGCGGGUCGAGAGUAACUAUGGCAACCCUACAUACACCUGCGUUUAUAGAUUUAGGGUACAUGGCAACCCUUUGAAUGAUAUAAGACAAGCCACGGAAGAUAGUAUUAGAGACAGUGAAACAUAGUUGUGGCCUUAUAACUUUAGUACAAAGUGACUUAAUGUGUUCCGAUUUAGGGUUAGUGUGACCAUUUAACGGUGAGGAGUUUCCCCGCCUUGUGAAAAAAAUUGGUAGAAUUUAAAAAAUAUACAUUCUUAGUUGUAAUUCAAUUAUCAAAGGUGUUGCAAUAACUCAAAUCCCUAAUCUCAAUACCGCACAAGGCAUACGCUUAGUUCAUUAUAUAAGGUAGAUUAAAUUUUAUAUUUUAACUAUUUAUUGUACUGAAAAGCGCUGCGCGUUAAGUACAGUUACAAUAAGUCAGCUUUUAUCACUUGACGAGGUCAUCGACCCUUUGUGGAAACAGCUGAUUUUUAUUAAGUUUUAACCCAAUCACAGCAUGUUUACUGGACUACUCAAAACGCAACUACCUUGGAUCUGGGGCCCUAGACAAAAAUACUUAGUGACCCAUAUAUGGAUUUGUAUGAAAUUAGUCACGUGACCACGCGUGAGUGAAUGUCAUUCCUAUACAAUGUAAUUUAGGAUAGUCACAAUUAUUCAGGUAUUUUUGUCUAAAACCCGUUUUCCAUACUUAUAUUGUUUCAUUUGGCAUUGCACAUGAGUAAGAUAUAGUACAAAAAACUGAUAUACACAAUAUAUAUUAGGCCUCGAAUCUACUGUUAGGCACAGGAGUCCUCAUUGAGAAUUUUUUAAACUAUUCUGUAUUCAGUUAAUAGCUAGUUGAAUAGGAUUAAAAUUUUAAGUUAGUAUUUUGAGUUCUUUCAAAAGGUUCUUAUAUAGACAAUGUAAAAUUAUGUAUUGAUAUUUUUAACUAACGAACGGACAGUCCAUUUACUAUUAUAAUAACGCUCCGUAAUUCGUAUGUUACGGUAUAGCAAGUCCGAGCAUAAUUUUAAAUUAGUGUUAGUGAAGGAACUAGUCCAAUUUAGUUUAUAAUUUUUAUGCCAAUUUUAUUGAAUUAAGUUUUAAUCUCGUUCUUAUCAUGUUUUCGUAUAAAUUAAGGAAGUACACAAAUAACAAAGAUGUUCUUUAUAAAAACAUAAUUUGACAACAGUCAGAACUAAAGUAUUUUAUAUAGCUGUAGUAAAAGCCGGUCAGACACAAUUUAGUGUACAAAGUUAAAACAGUGUAAACAAACUGCUUUAGUUUUUAUGAAUGACAGUGACUAUUACAAGAAAACACAUUUAACAGAACCAGUACAAAAGCAUAGAAAUUCAAGUUUUAGCCAUUAUUGUUUGUUGACUAUUUAAUAGUUAAACAACAACAUGAUACAAAAUGAGGCAGCUCGAAUUCAUGAAGAUGAUAUUAAUCGAAAUAACGACGCAUGUUGAAAUUAUAAUUUAUAAUAAAAAUCAAAUGACCUAUAUAUGGCAUGUCAAAGACUUUAAUCUGUAUUUUCUCGGAAUUGUAGUAUUAAUACAAUGCAAUAAGUAUAAAGCAUCUAGGCCAUUACACUUCUCCUAAUAGGUGAAUAAAACUAUUAAUUUACUACUUUGUGGUGUUUUCAUAAUACUACACCUAUUCUAUAAUAUAUUCAUUAUAUGUUUUACCAAGUUUCCUCACAGUGUCUUAUAGGAUUGUUAAUACAUAGUACUAUUUAUCAAUAAAGACAAUAAAUGAAAGUAAUCAUGUAUAUUAUUACUAAUAAAAUAUCUAAAACUUCGUUAGUAUUGUCGUACAAAAAUACUUCAACAAUAUAUUUUCGUAAUAUGUAUAUAAAAAUGAAAUUUUCUACAGUUUUAUCUAAAUACGUGUAAUGCCUGAUUGUAUGAGUUUAUAAAAUAUUUGAGUGUAUUUUAACUUAUUUCAUUGCAGUGUGAAUUUUUUUUAAGAUAAGGUUAGUGUUUUACCAUAAUGCUUCACCGAAAUCUAAAUGUGUUGUUCCAAUUAAAGUUUUAAAAAAAUA